AUGUUGUCGCCUGCUCAAGCAGCCUCUCAGGCAGAUCAAAUCCUUCGAGAGGGCUAUUCAAAAAUCUAUCAGUCCCACACAGUUUUGCUGACUGGAAGUACUGGGUCACUGGGAGGAUGUCUCUUGUACAAACUAGCAUUGCAGCUCCCCACAAGCAAAAUAUAUACGUUGAUUCGUGGGACUCCCGAGGAAGCCAUCUCAAAGUGGAAGAAGUCCAUGCCAAACCAAUACAAGGCCAUCCUCGCCUCCAAGAAGGUAGAGUUUGUGCUUGGCAACAUCCGAUCAACAGAAUUCGGUCUCCAACCAGCCACCCUCCAGGAAUUGCAAGAGAAAGUCACAUUGGUCAUCCACGCAGCCGCUAAGAUAACCCUGGACGCAAGCCCCCAAGACGCAUUCGAAAACAACUGCCUCCCAGCACUGGAACUAGCCCGUGUCGUUUCACGAUUCCGCAGAUUGAAGCUUCUCGUCCUGAUAUCAACCGCAUACGUAAAUAGCUUCCUCCCCGAUGGCCCAGUCUUAGAGAAGUCAUAUAGUCUCCCCGAUGAAGACCCUGAGCAAGAACUUGCAUCCGUGUUGUCCCUAGACAGAUCACCACAUACAGCAAAAUUCUCAUCCAGUUACGCCCAAGCCAAGUACAUAAUGGAACGAAUCAUUCUCCAGCGCUUCGCCCUUCUCCCAAUCCUCCUAUUCCGUCCCACAAUCUUUGGCCAGGCCAUCCGGGACCCAUACCCGCUCUACGGACUUGAAAACUCUACACCAAUGAACAAGUUCUUCCAGCUCUUCAUGGAAGAUUCAGGCGCAACCCAGAUCUGGCACUCGGCAGAAGGGUACAGCACAGGUGCAAACAUUAUUGACGAGAUACCGGUAGACUUUGUUGCAAAUGCUUGUCUUUUACAUGCUGCGGCCCACACAACGGGUAUAGUACAGGUUGGAUCGGAAUUGUACGAGCCCUUGACCUUCGAUGAGUACAUUGAAAUUGUGCAUGGCAAUGCCCCGCCGGCGAUCCGCAAGGAGCUUCCUGAGAUUGUCUUCACGGAAGAUCGAGAUGCACCCCAGUGUUUCUUAGCUGAGUUGGUGCAGAUUGCGUCAAGGAAUUGGCUGUUUGAUUGUGGGAGAUCUUAUUGGUUGAAGCAGGUCGGUGGGCCAUUGAGUAUGCGGGCGUGCAAGUCUGAGGUGGACAGUCUGAAUAAGAAACGGAUACAUCGGAUCUAUGGGCAUAGUGUGGAGAAGGCUCGUAUGUGA